UUUGGUGGAGUCACUUCAGAUAUGACGCACGGGACCAUUGAUUGAGCACUUACGCGUAAGUCUGCAAUAAAAUUGUGCGUUUCUGUCUGACACCUAAAGACUACUCCGCACAAACAGAUGGAAUUAAUUUCCAAACAUUGCAAUUUUCAAUGCUGUUUUUUUGUGUGUUGGCGACGUUUGCACAGUUGGUACAGUUCGCAUGAUUAACGCCCGUUGGUCUAUUAAGAGCUCGAUCGAUCCAGACAUCCCGAUUCCCAGAAUAGCGUGUGUGCGUGCAGACUGAUUUAGCGUGGGUUUUGGGUUAGGAAUUGAAAAAAUUUCAAAGAUUGCAUCCAUUUAGUUAGUGCUGCUCUACGACACACAGAAGAUGUUUCGCCACCAUAGGUCCAACAUUUUAAGAGCAGUUCUUUGCUGCUGGUUGUUUCUGACCAUUGGACAUGCAGAACCGGUGCCAGAAUUUGCCAUCAAUGCUGUGGUUAGUGGGAGUGCCACCGUUUCGACCCUCGCCCUGGAGACGAAGGCACUGUUUGUGAAUGCCGGUGGAACGACGUUUCAGCUAAAUGCAGGCUACAACCGGCUAGCUACCGUAAAAGCAGCCAUGACUACGAUCGCUACCAGACUAUCCACAGCCGGUGCCACACUGACGCAGGCCAUUUCCAACAUGGCGCUCAACAACAGUGGUCCAAUUGCAACGUAUUUUGACAGCAUCAGCAGCGCAAUCCAAAGUUUGCAAACGAUCAUCACGUCCGGUUUGACGGCCGAGCUCAACACCCUCACCGGGACGAUCGGGAACUACGUGACGGCUAAGUUUGGGGACAGUUUUCACACAAUGUCACAAACGCUCACUACACUUUCCCAAGCCGUGGCCAGUCUCCGCACGGCCGUAACAAACGCACGUAACGCUGCCGGUUCCUCACCAACCGUGUCGGCGACGUUAGUCAGACGGUAUCUUACCACACGCAUAGUGACUGAUAUUACGAAUGCGGUUCGGUUGCUAAAAUCUGACGUACCGAUUCUGGUGUACAUCGUCCGUACGACGCUCGGUUCUAUACAGACAGCGGACGAGUACCUGUCGAGCAUUGCCGAUGAAGCGCAUCUGCGCGCAAACGACGUCAACGAGCUGGGAAACAAUUUCAGCAGUGAUGUGAACGAUUUCGUCGUUACGGUAAAAACUAACACGACACAACUGACCACCGCGCGUAACACGCUUAUCGAAACGUACGAAUCCACACUCCAGAGUGACGUUCAAUCGGACGACAACUUCGGCGCAAUGGUCGGUGGUUUGCUAACGAAAAUAGAUUCGAUUUACAAUGAUGACGUUACGGUCGGUAGUACCAUUGAUGGCAAGUUCGCCACCUACCUGCAGCGUGUGCAGGCACUCGAUGACGAUUUGGCCACAUUCUACGGUACGAGCAUGUGUGCCGUCGUUCAGAAUCUCCUUCAAGUGCUGAUUGAAAACGGUCCAAACGCACAGUUCUGUUUCAGCAAGUAUGGCCAGAAAGUGUUUAACUUUUUCGUGCUGCAUACCUACGAUUCAGCCGAUUGCUAUCGGUUGCAGUUAAUCCGGCUCGAUAAACUUCUCACCGCGACAUACAACAUCGUACUGCUGCUGCUGCACGACAUCGACGACUUUCUCGAGAAUGUGGAGCGUUGCACGCACUUCAACAAUCUUGAGAACUGUGUCACUUUUCUGGGAACCGAAUAUCAAACCCUGUUUACAUACACUACGGAAAAGCGAGACUAUCUGUACCGUCUGCUAACGAAGGAAACUAACGCCAGCUAUUACCGAUUGGCUGGUUGUUUCGACAAUAGCAAGCACCUACUCAUGCUGGAUGCAGAACAGAUGAUGAGUAAUAUCGAUCAUUGCGAGCUGCACGGACCAAAUUAA